AUGCCGAGACUCGUGCGCAGAAAACCGGCGCUUCAGCGCAUCAAGGACUACCUGAACCCGGGCGACUUCUUGCUGUACAUCUCGGAGGAGAUCGAGACGAGGGACUGGGACUCCAAGCAGUUUGCUACUCCGUUGGCGUUGGGGCUACACAUAUCGCUUUUGAUUGCGAGGGCGAACACGGGAAUCUCGUUGGGAGGCGGACGGGAUGAUGUGUUCGGAGACGACUAUUCUGGGACGGGCUGGCUGAGCUAUAUCGCUACGCUCGUUGUCUGGAGUUUGUCGAUCUUCGCCGUGGUCAACGCUGCCUACACAUUCUCUCGGACGCGGCAUUAUCGCCUGUUCGAAACGUCCAUAGAUGCCCCUCAGAGCACCCCCUCCGCGCACCGAGUGCGCGUCGACUCCUCUCCAGUAUCCUCCUCUCCACUGCGAUUGCUCACGAAUAUACUAGGCGAUACGAGUGCCGAGUCAAGAGCGCAUCCAGAUCCCACUCGUGAUGUAUGGGAAAUCGCUGUCUGGGACCCUAUUCCCAUUUGUCUUCGUUUGUUCUGCUUCUUCAGCCCCGGCCACGUCCUGGUCUACUGGCUUUUUCUUCCAACCGCCGCGGCAGACCCGCGCCCAAGCGUUACAGUCUUUACAACUAUUCUCCUACAGGCAUUGCUUUCUUCGCAGCUGUAUCUACUCCAGACCUUCUUCUCUCAGCAGGAGCAGGAUACGUCCAUCAUUCACAAGGAGGUCAUGAGCGAGUACGAUAUCAAAUACGUCCACCCUCGACUCAACCCACUUGUUCGCGAUGUUGCUACACAGUACUCGGAUGCAGGAACCGGAACGGACUACGAAGGAGAUGGUGAUGUGGACAUUUACACCCCAUCCGUCGUCCUCAGACGAGGUUUCCGCACCAACCCAAAUCCCAACUACGCCAAACACGUCGAUCCCGACAACUUCACAGGCAUCAGCAGGCAAGCAUCCCCUGCACCGCAAUAUACUCCCUCGGCCUUCAAUUCUCGCGAGCCAUCAGCCUUCACCGCCGUGACACCUCGACCUGCUAUUCGCCAACCUCAGUUCCGGAAGAGCAUGGGCCCUGUAACCACGCCCAGCACAGGCGAUGGUGGCAGUUUAGGCGUGUACAGCCACGCCAAUUCCCCCCUCAAAAAAGCCACCAGCAUGUACGACAUCCAGAGCCCUGGACCACCCAAAAACUCAUUCGACAUGGCGAGGUCAGAGAUUCGCGAGCAGAGAGAGAAAAGCUCAGCGAAGAGACAGAGCGAGGUCUCGAGGUCAUUUCUUCAGGGAAGAGCUCCGUCUUCCGAUAUCGAGGAUGAGAGACGGAUAAGUGCUCCCGCGUCUGGGCUGAACAGACGGCCGGGCUCGAGUGCGUUAGAUAGCCCUUAUAGACGAUUUCCUUCGAGAUUUUGA